AUGUACGAUGAGCGUCAAGCUCAGUUAAUCAUGAGUUCUUCUCUUUCUAGCUGCCUUCUUUUUUAUACGCGUAACGGAUCGACAUGCGCCAAUGCAACAUCAACAAUCGCGGCACUCUUCUGCUGCACAACCAUGUGGCUCAAAGUUCCGGGAUUAUGUUGUCAUGCACAUCGUCAUUUUGCUUACAUUUAUCAAAGACAGGGCUCUUCUUCACUAUACUGCAUCGAUUGA